GAAAAUUUUGAAUUUUUUAUCAAUUCCGAUUGGUUUACUUUGAAAGAUGACCAAGAUCAUUUGUAAAAUAUAUUGUUUGUAUUUGGAUGAAUUGUUCAAAAGGCAUCGAAUUUGUUUAGGAGGGUCGUAUCGUUCUAUCAAUCUUAAUAUGUUAUUGUUUGUAUUGUUCAUAAGUAUGUUGUUUAAAAAAUUAUAGUUAUAUACUACGAAUUUGUUGAGGGUCGUUUUGAAUUACUCUACUUAAUUAAUUUCUCUAGUUAUAAAAUUCUCAAUCGUUUAUAAGUGAGGGAUCACACCUUUUAGUUGUUAUUAUAAUUAGUUGUGUAUUGUUGGAAUUAUUAUUAUAUUAGUUGUACGUUGUUAGAUUAUUAUUAGUAGUUGUGUUUUUGUUGUUUGUCAACUUUUAUUAAUAUUUGUUUAUUUUUAUUAUUAUUAUAUAGGAUUCUUAGUCCGAGGAUGGUGAUGGUGUGGACUAUAGCGGAAAUUUUUUGACAGACACUGUGUUUCCGAGUUUUGAGGAUGCUUUUCUGUGGACACAACGCCCGCUCGGAUUUAUGUUAGUGAAGGCUUCUUACAAGACUGAUCGGAGUGGUCGGCCGUAUCGAUAUGUGAGUUGUGAUCGUGGAAAAAAGAGCAUGAUAAGAGACAUGAUGAACACGAUACGCAAAGACACGAAAAGCAAGGUAAACAGUUGUCCCUUCAAACUCAAGGUUGAGUAUGUCAGAGUAGUAAGUGGUUGGAAGCUCAGUUGCUUGAACGACACUCACAAUCAUUCUUUGGUUGUGUAUCCCGAAGGACAUCGACAAAUCAGCGGUCUUAGUCUUGCUGCUAAGCAGGUAGUACGUGAUAUGACUCAGGCACAGGUGCCACCUCGGCAUAUCAUGAGAACUCUUGUAGAAAAGUUUCCCGGAGACCAUCCAAACAUCAAGCAUGUCUACAACUGCAGAAGUAAUAUCAGAAUGGAGCGAUUCGAGGGAAGAGAGGUGGUUCACCAGGUGCUUCAUUUGGCCUGACAGAGCAAAUACCUUACUUGGGUUGUGACUGAUACUAACAAUGUGUUGCAACAUGCUUUCAUGGCACACCCGAUCAUGACAAAUUCGCUACGCACAUACUCGUACGUGAUAGGUAUGGAUUCCACUUACAAGACGAACCGAUACGGCAUGCCAUUCUUUGAGAUUGUUGGGGUUACACCGACAAAUCAGAACUUUCUUGUUGCAUACGCAUUCAUGAGGUCGGAGUCCGAAGAAAGUUAUCGGUGGGGGCUUCAGUGCUUGAGGUUGUUGAUUGGUCAUCAUAGAGAGCCGUCGGUACUACUGACAGAUAGGGAGCUUGGCCUUUGUGCAGCGUUGAAGAGCGUGUUUCCAAACACAAAACACAUGCUGUGUGUGUGGCAUAUUAACAAAGAUGUUGAGGCGAAGGUUACUUCCAUGUUUGAAAAAAAGAAAGAGAUUGGUGCCAAGUUCAAAAAUGGGAGGUGGAGGCAUGUGAUUAAUGCUACAUCUGAAGAGGCAUAUGAAAGAGAGCUUGUAGAGCUGAAAACCAAGUGGGGUCGAUGGCCGAAAGCGAUUGGCUAUGUUGUGGACACUUGGCUCAUACACAAGGAGAAGUUUGUGAUGUUUUGGACGAACCAGGUACUGCACUUUGGCAAUGUUAACAACUGCAGGGUUAAGAUCCAGCAUUCGGCAUUGAAAUGUUGGAUUGACAGUUCUACAGGUUCUUUAGAUACAGUUUAGGCUCAGGUGUACUGCUCGAUUGAGAACCAGAUCAUAGCCAUUCGUAAUGGGUUGGAGGCAUGUAGAGCAACUCAUGGUUAGAAGUACAAGCAGAAGCCUUUGCAGCAGCUGAACGGAAAGGUAUCCCACAAUUGUCUGUCUAUUCUUCUUGGUGAGACGAACAGGAUGCGAGGGUUGAGUACGGAUGUCCAUCGACGUUGUGGGUGUGCUCUACGUACUACCCACGUGUUACCUUGUGCGUGCCAAAUAUAUGACUCGAUUACUGCAGGGAAGGGGUUGUAUACGAAGGACAUUCAUCCAUAUUGGAGGACCCUUGUCAUUGGAGCGGGUGUCGACAUUCCUGAUAUAGUUGAUGAAAAUGAUGAGGAUCGAGCUUAUUUCCGCACCUUUGUUGAUCAGGUUAUUGCCAGCGACCCUGUGAUGCUUAGGCACGUGUCUCGAGUGAUUGAGGGUGAGAUGGAUCCUAACUACGAUGACCUUCAGGAGCCUCGAGUAAGGGGACGACCUCCCGAGAGAAGGAACAUGCGAGAUCGUUCGUUUUUUGAGCAUGUUCAACGUAAUGGGCGAGAUAAUCGAUCCAGAAGUAGACCGCCCCCAUUUGAUACAGGUACCGGGUUCGACAUGCGACAAUGUAGAUACAGCUACGCGAUUCCCAACCUUACAUCGUAGGUGUUAAGGAUGUAAUUGGAGAUGGGAAUUACGGAUUUCGUUGCGUAGCAAAUUUUUGUUACGGAGAUCAGGAGGAAUGGCGAUUGGUUCGACAUCAUAUCGCAAAUGAGGUUGGUUCUCAUCCUUGGUUGUACAUCAUGAUUUACUACGACAUAUGGGGUCAAUAGGUUGGUUCAGGAUUGUAGAGGGAGGUAGACCGGAUCAGAUGGGAUGGUGAUGCGUGUGGAUAGGAGCAUUGGAUGGUAGCACAGUAGGAUUUGUUUGCUAUUGCCACAAUAUGGAAUGUGGCAGUGAUUUGUUAUGGAGUAGGAAAUAGACCAUCGUGCUACUAUCCAUCUACCACUGUUUUACCGUUGAACAAUCGUGGAUGCUUAGACAGGCCUAGUGCAGAGUUCGUGAUUGGAACUGUUGGUGGAUCGCAUUCCAUUCGUUUGCAUAUGGAUCAAGACCACCCACUUCCUCCAAUUUCACCAAUGUGGUUUAACGCUCGACAGGCAAGUGUACACGGAUGGGAGGCAAGGUAUGAGAGAAGGCUUCAAUUGUGGCAGACAUUAGUUAGCUCUUGAGUACUGUUAUGGAUUUUUAUUAAACUUUAUAUAACUUUAUUAAUAAACAUGAUGAUUUUAUUUUAAUUUUUUUUAAGCAAUUCUCUUGAAAAUUUACUGAGUAAGUACUACGUAAUUAGAAAAUAAAAUAAUAAUAUAUAAAUGUCAACUUGAUAAUUCUCAACAAAUGUGAUAAAACAUAAAUGUCCACUAACAACAUCCAGAACAUAGUCUAAUAAAACAAUAAAGUCAAAGCUAGAAUACAUAUUACACCUAAUCUCUAAGUCCAUUUAUUGUAUUCAAAUCAUUAAUCACCUGCUCUAACAUUACUUUGGUGUCCCUUGAUAGCGUAGGGUACUCAGUAAGUGAUCGCUGCGCUGUAACCAUGAAUUGCCCUACCCACUACACAAACCAUUAUAAUUGUGUAUUAAUAGAAAUAAUAGGAAAAAAAUAAUUAAAUUAAAAAAAAAACUAACAAAAAACUUACGUAAUCAACGUUGGUCCUCUUAGGAAGACCGACAUCAUCCUCAACAUUAGGAGUGACGAUAGGAUGGCUAACUCUCCCAAACCAUGGUAGGUAGUCAGGGGCACAAUUAGUAUGUCCGCCACGUGGAAUUCUAGUAUAUCCACUAAGAAGAAGACUGAACGCAGCACCGGGGACAAAUCUAUCCCACAUGAGAGUGGUCAUCUGAGCUGAAAAACUGACCCUAUAAGACUUCACACUAAGUGGUCUCUGAGCAUCAUCAGGCCUAAUCAUGUCACCGGAAAUCUCCUGUAUAAACUCCAACUGUCGAACAACUCGAUCGGGCAUAUAUGGUUCUAUGAUGCCUCGAUAGCGAAUACAUCCAGUAAACAUAGUCCUAGGUACCUGUUGUGCAGGAAAAGCACCGUAUGG